AUGGCCAUUCCCGAACAAGAGUUCCAAAGUUGCUGUAGGCUAGGUGCUGGCUUGGGUUCACAGCUUCCCAAGGGGAGUCCUUCGAAGGUGACCAUUGUGAUAUUCAGCAGUGAGGUCCUGGGCCUGCUGGUGUGGACACUUAUCGCCGGAACUGAGUACUUCCGGGUCCCUGCAUUUGGCUGGGUCAUGUUCGUAGCUGUGUUCUACUGGGUCCUCACCGUGUUCUUCCUCAUCAUCUACAUAACAAUGACCUAUACCAGGAUCCCCCAGGUGCCCUGGACAACAGUGGGCCUGUGCUUUAACGGCAGUGCCUUCGUCUUGUACCUCUCUGCCGCUGUUGUGGACGCGUCUUCCGUCUCCCCAGAGAGGGACAGUCACAACUUCAACAGCUGGGCAGCCUCGUCG